UACGUGGACUGCAGGGGUGAAACAUUUUUAGUAAGUACACUGUACAUUAUUUUAAUACAACAUGAGUGCUGGUACUGCAAAACCGGCGCUUCCGUCGGGACAUGUGGAUCCGAAAUCGGCGCCUCUCAAAGAAAUCCCAGAUAUUCUGGUUGACCCACGCACCAUGAAAAGAUACACGAGGGGAAGAUUCCUCGGAAAAGGUGGCUUCGCGAAGUGCUACGAAAUUACAGACAUGGAGACAAAGACGGUUUUCGCUGGCAAAAUAGUUCCCAAAGCUUUGAUCUUAAAGCAGCACCAGAGGGAAAAGAUGACCUCGGAAAUCGCCAUUCACAAGAGCCUGAAUCACGGGAACGUCGUCGGAUUCCACGGGUUCUUCGAAGACGACGACUUCGUCUUUGUGGUCCUGGAAAUCUGCAGGAGAAGGUCUCUGCUGGAGCUGCACAAGCGUCGUAAGGCUGUGACAGAGCCUGAAGCUCGAUACUACAUGACCCAGCUGCUGAAGGGUGUCCAGUACCUGCACAACAACAAAGUCAUCCACAGAGACCUGAAACUGGGCAACAUCUUCCUGAAUGAUGACAUGGAUGUCAAGAUAGGGGACUUUGGUUUGGCAACUAAGAUUGAGUUUGAUGGCGAACGGAAGAAGACCUUAUGUGGAACGCCCAACUACAUAGCUCCUGAAGUGCUUUGUAAAAAAGGCCACAGUUAUGAGGUGGAUGUCUGGUCACUUGGAUGCAUAUUGUACACUUUGUUGGUGGGUAAGCCUCCAUUUGAAACCUCCUGUCUGAAGGAGACCUACAAUCGCAUCAAGAAAAACAGCUACACCAUCCCCUGGCAUGUCAACCCAUCUGCCUCAGCUCUCAUUAAGAGGAUGCUGCACGCAGACCCUGCCCAGAGACCGACCAUCGCUGAGCUCCAAACUGACGAGUUCUUGACAACAGGCUACAUCCCUCUGCGUCUGCCCACUACAUGUCUCACCGUGCCCCCGCGAUUCUCUAUCGCCCCCUCCACAGCUACAGAGCUCGGCCAGCGACGCCCUCUGACUGCUCUGAACAACCAAGGUAAUGAAUGUCCACCACAACAAAGAGCUUUUGCGAAAGAUGAGCCUGUGCAAAGGUGACAUAUUGAACCUUCAGAAUGCCACCUGAAGGACAUGCUGCAGCAGCUGGAAGUUGUCAAUUCUUCCAAACCCUCUGAGAGGGCCCUCAUCAGGCAGGGGGAAGCAGAAGAUCCUGCAUGCAUCCCCAUCUUCUGGAUCAGCAAAUGGGUUGACUACUCGGAUAAAUAUGGAUUAGGCUACCAGCUGUGUGACAACAGUGUGGGUGUUCUGUUCAACGAUUACACCCGUCUCAUCAUGUACGCCGAUGGAGACAGCCUGCAGUACAUCGAUAAGACGGCUGCUGAAUCCUACCUCAGUGUUCGCUCUUUUCCUUCUGCCCUCAACAAAAAGAUAACGCUGCUGAAAUACUUCCGCAACUACAUGAGCGAGCACCUGCUGAAAGCCGGCGCCAACAUGGCGCGGCGGGAUGGAGACGAGCUGGCGCGACUGCCUUACUUGUCCCUCUGGUUUAGAACGAAAAGUGCCAUCGUCUUGCACCUCAGCAACGGCACGGUCCAGAUUAACUUCUUCCAGGAUCACACUAAGCUAAUCCUGUGUCCUCUGAUGGGUGCGGUGACCUACAUUGACGAGAAGCGGGACUUCCGCACGUACAAGCUGUCUCUGCUGGAGGAGUUUGGCUGCAGCAAGGAGCUGGCCAGCCGCAUGCGUUACGCCAAGCUCAUGGUAGAGAAGCUGCUGGUCAGCAAGCCUUCCUCUGCCGCGAGUUAG